AUGCUGCCAGCAUCGUGCCCAUAUGUGCAAGAUGUUCAGAGACAGCGGGAACAAACAGUUCAAAAGACAAGGAAACACAGUGAGUUUGAUCUCACUGAAGAGCCCAAAGCCAAACGUCCUCGAUGGCUUCAAAAGCAUUGGCAAAAAAUGCAAGAACUAGAGGUGGAUCCCAAGAACCUUCACAAAGUCGAUGCUGCCUCUAGAACUUUCAGUUCACAAAGGGCAGUUCAUGCUGUGGAGGUCUACGAGUCGGGUGGCCACAAAGGGACAUUGAGUGUUUCUCAACAAAUUAAUCGAAUGACAGUCAAAGGCCAAAAUGUUCCAUGUAUCACUCCUGGCGCCCAACUGUGGAAUAUGGAGAAGAAGCGCUUGCUCACAGGCCUGGAGAAAAUGCUUUUUCAAGGAUACCCCGUUCAUCGGUUGAAGCUACGCCAAAUGAAAGAAAAGGAACUUCAUUCGCUUGGAGGGAACGGGAUGAACAUCAGGAGCGUGGCAGCUGCUUUUGCAGUGGCCUUCAGUGUGCUCGAUGUGAGUGCAUUUUACAAGGCAGCAAUGGACAAAGCCAAACAGUGA